AUGGAUGUUAGGAAAACCUUCAAAUUUGAGCUCAUGUGGCUGAUCGACGCGCAGCACCCGAAGAGCGCGGAGAUCGAGCGGCGGCUGGAGGCGCUGGCGGCGCACUGGGAGCUGCUGCGCCAGCUGGCGGCCGCGCGCGACAAGCAGCUGGCCGACGCCGCCGAGGCUCACCAGUUCUACGGCGACGCGAACGAGGCGGAGUCGUGGAUGCGCGAGAAGCGCGCGGUGGCGGCGAGCGCGGACUGCGGGCACGACGCGGCGGCGGCGGCGGCGCUGCUGGCGCGCCACCGCACGCUGCACGACGACCUGCGCGCGCACGGCGCCGAGCUGCACGCGCUGGCGGCCGCCGCGCGCCGCCUGCGCGACGCCGGCAUCGACAACCUGCAGCUGCCUACCGAAGUGGAGGCCGGCGCCGGCCUGGACGCGGACGAGGAGGUGGUGAGCGAGACGCGGCUGGUGCCCACCGAGGUGUGGGAGGAGGAGCCCGUGGAGCGCCUGGAGCACCGCACCGUCACCGAGCAGCGCAGCGUGCCGCAGGUGAAGGCGCUGUACGCGUUCAGCGGGCAGGGCAUCUCCAUGGCGAAGGGCGAGGUGAUGUUCCUCAUCAGCAAGACCAACCCGGACUGGUGGUCGGUGCGCAAGGCGGACCGCACGGACGGCUUCGUGCCCGCCAACUACGUGCGCGAGGUGGAGCCGCGCGUCGUGCCGGUGCAAGUGCGGCGGCCGGAGAAGGUGAAGACGGUGCAGCGCGUGCGCAAGACGGUGCUGGUGAAGCAGGUGGUGCAGACGCGGCGCGCGCCCGCGCCGCGCCGCCCGCGCGCGCCCGCGCCCGCGCGCCACCCGCCCGUGCGCGACCGCCUCGAACAGAUACAGGCGGAGUACGCCGCUCUCCUCAAGUUGUCGGAGCAGCGCCGCCUUCAGCUGGAGGACGCCAUCAAACUGUUCAGCUUCUUCGCGGAGUGCGACGACUUCGACAAGUGGAUCCGCGACAAGGAGAAGAUGCUGCGCUCCGACGACGCCGACGACAGCGUCGACAACGCCAAGAGGAAGUAUGAGAAAUUCGUGACGGACCUGUCGGCGGCGUCCAAGCGGCUGGAGAGCAUCGAGGCGGCGGCGGAGGAGCUGGCGGCGGCGGGGCACGGCCAGGCCGCGCGCGCCGCCGCGCGCCGCCAGCAGCUGCGCCAGCAGUGGGAGCGCCUGCUGCGCCUCAAGCAGCAGAAGGAGAAGAGUCUCGAGGGCGCCUCCAGCGUGGAGCUGUUCCAGCGCACGUGCGACGAGGCGCUGGCGUGGAUGGCGGAGAAGGAGCAGCAGCUGGCGGCGGGCGGCGGCGGCGGCGGCGACCUGCGCACCGUGCGCGCGCUGCAGCGCCGCCACGCGCAGCUGGAGCGCGAGCUGCAGCCGCUGCGCGACAAGGUCGACACCGUCACGCUGCUGGCCGACUCUGUCAAGUCCCAAUACCCAACGGAGCGGGCCAACGUGGAGAAGCGCCAGAAGCAGCUGGAGAGUGCGUGGGAGCGCUGCGAGGCGCAGGCGGCGGAGCGCCGCGCGCGCCUGGAGAGCGCCGUCGGCCACCAGGUGUUCGCCAACGGCGCCAAGCAGCUGCAUGACUGGAUACAGAAAGUCCGCGAGCAGGUGUCGCAGGAGGUGUGCGCGAAGGACGUGGCCACCGCCGAGGCGCUGCUCAAGCAGCACCAGGAGCUGGAGGACGACAUCAAGGCGCAUGACGACGAGUUUAAGGAAGUGAUAGGUCUGGGCAAGCAGCUGGUGGGCAGCAACCCCGCGCUCACCGACGUGGCCACCACCACCGACGCGCUGGCGGCUGAGCAGGCGGCGCUGCUCCAAGAAUGGCGCGACAAGGAGCAGUACCUGCGCCAGGUGCUGCAGCUGCAGAGCUUCAACCGCGAGGCGGACCACAUCGACGCGUCCAGCGGCGCGCACGAGGCCUUCCUCGAUUAUAAUCACUGCGGGUCGUCUGUGGACGAGGCGGAGGCGCUGCUGAAGCGGCACGAGGAGCUGGAGGCGCGGCUGCAGGCGCAAGACGAGCGCCUCGCCGCCUUCGCGCAGCGCGCCGACGCGCUCGCCGCCCUCGACCCGCCGCACUACGCCAAGGAACACAUCGCGUCGCGGCGCGCGGCGGUGCUGGCGCGGCGCGACGGCGUGCGGCGGCUGGCGGCCGAGCGGCGCCGUGCGCUGCUCGCCAGCCUGGCACAUCAGCAGUUCGUAGCGUCGUCUGAGGAGCUGCAGGCGUGGAUAGAAGACAAGACGAAAACUGCUCAAGAUAAGAGCUACAGGGAUUUGACAAAUUUGGAGCGCAAACUGCAAAAGCACGAAGCGUUCGAGCGAGAGUUGCAGGCGAAUGAGAAACAACUCAGAAAUGUCGAAAGUAUCGGGCAGUCGCUGCAGAAGUCGGACCCGGGGCGCGCGCCGGAGGUGUCGGCGCGGCUGCGCGCGCUGGGCGGCGCGUGGGGCGCGCUGCUGGCGGCCUCGCGCGACAAGGGCGGCAAGCUGCGCCAGGCCGACCGCCAGCGCUCGCUGCGCAGGUCUAUCGAGGACGCGAAGGCGCGGCUGUCGGAGCUGGAGCGCGCGCUGGCCAGCGAGGAGCUAGGCGCCGACUUGCGCUCCGUCAAGCGGCUGCUCGUGCAGCAUCAGGCCCUGGAGCAGGAGCUGGCGCAGUGCACGGCGCGCGCGGAGGCGCUGGCGGCGCAGGGCGGCGACCUGGUGUCGGGCGGACACUUCGACGCCGCCGCCAUCGAGCGCGACUGCGCGCUGCUGCUGCAGCAGGCGCACGCGCUGCGCCCCCGCGCCCAGCGCCGCCGCCAGGCGCUCGAGGACAGCUUGCAACUGCACAAGUUCGCGGCGGAGGUGAGCAACGAGCUGGAGUGGGUGCGCGAGCGCGGCGCGGGCGCGGCGGCGGCGCCGGCGGACCUGCUGGCGGCGCAGGCGGCGCACAAGCGGCACGCCAAGCUGCGCGCCGAGCUGUCCGCGCGCGCGCCGCUCGUGCAGCGCGUGCUGCGCCGCGCCCGCGACCUGCCCGCGCACCACCCGCAGGCGGACAAGAUUAAACAACUGUGCAAACAGCUAGAAGAAGAAUACUCGUCCGUGUCGCAAGCGGCGGAGGAGAGGGCCGCCCGGCUGGAGGCCGCCCUGAAGGCGCAGCAGUUCCUGCACGAGGCGCUGGAGGUGGAGUCCUGGCUGGCGGACAAGGACGCGGCGCUGGCGUCGGCCGACGUGGGCAACGACCGCCACCGCGCCACGCAGCUGCUUACCAGGCACAAGGCAGUGGAGCUGGAGCUGGACACGUACGCGGCCAUCAUCAACGAGAUGGGGCACGCGGCGGCGGGGCUGGCGGCGGCGGGGGCGGGGGCGGGCGGCGCGGAGGGCGGCGAGGCGCUGCUGGCGCGCCACGCGCAGCUGGCCGGCGCGCUGGCGCGGCUGCAGCGCCGCGCCGCGCUGCGCCAGGCCGCGCUCGUCGAGAGCGUGUGCAGACACGAAUACCUCGCCGAGAGCGCGGAGCUGGAGAGCUGGAUACAGGAGCAGUACGCGGCCGCCUCCAGCGAGGACUACGGGCAGGACUACGAACAUUUACUGAUUUUAAGAUCCAAAUUCGACGAGCUCCGCCACCGCGUGGAGAGCGGCGCGGAGAGGUUCAACCAGUGCGAGGAGCUCGCCAAGAAGCUGCUGGCCUCCGAGAGCCCCUACAUCGCCGACAUCGAGAAGAGGCAGGAGGCGCUCGGGGAGUCGUGGCAGCGGCUGGUGGAGCAGAUCCAGUCGCGCAACGCGCGCCUGCACGCGGCGGGCGAGAUCCACCGCUUCCACCGCGACGCGGGCGAGCUGCUGGCGCGCGCCGCCGACCGCCGCGCGCUGCUGCAGGCGCCGGCGCCGCCGCGCGACCUGCGCGCCGCCGCCACGCUGCUGCGCGGACACGACGCCGCGGAGAACGACCUCGUCGCCAUCGACGCGCAGAUGCAGGUGCUGCAAGAGGAAGGCACGCGCCUGCAGCGCCUGUGCCCGGGUGACAACUCGCAGCAGAUCGCGCUGCGGCAGCGCGCGCUGGCGGAGGCCUGGGCCGCGCUGCGCGCCGCCGCCGACGAGCGCCGCCAGCUGCUGCACCAGCACCUCAAACUGCACCAGUUCUACACUGAGGUCCGUCAAGCUGUCAUGUCUAGAACGCUUUUUGUUAAAUACUCGAAUUGUGUUAUGCAAAAGCUUACACUGAUUCUCACA